GUGAAAGAGCGUCUGGAGAUGAUAACGGAGGAGGUGGAGGGAAUAGUACGGCCUCGAGGGGCAGACGAGGAAGAAGAAGAAGAGGUCCUGUCGGAGGAGGAUGAUGGGGAGGAUUUCUUGCUGGAUACUAAGAGUACUCCUGCUAGGCUGUCGUCUACGGGAGAGAAAGAGGGGGAGGAGGUAAAUGAGAAGGAGACGAUUGACGGAGAGGAAGAAGAAGGGCAAGAAUCGUUACGAAGAGCAGAAACAGAAACACAGACGGAGAAGGAGGCAGAGGCAGAGGCAGAAGCAGGAGCUCCAUCUACGACAUCAACAUCGACACUACGACAUCGACAUCGACAUCCACAGACAAGCGCCAUCACCGCGACAUCUACUCCUACUACAUUUACAUCUACAACAACCGCCCUUCCAACCAUACCCAGUACCACCGCCGCCGCCGCCGCCGCCACAACACAAACCAAAACCCAACUCACAGAAUCGACCCUCACCGCGCACCGCCUCGAACAAGAAUCCCUAACCGAAUCCCUCGUCGCGCUCGCCAGCCAACUCAAGGCCUCCUCGCAGGCCUUCCAGUCCUCGCUCGAAGCCGAGAAAUCCAUCCUGGCGCGCGCCGUCGACGGGCUGGACCGCAACGUUGCCGGCCUAGAGGCGGCGGGAAAACGGAUGGGCGUGCUGCGACGCAUGACCGAGGGCAAGGGGUGGUGGGGGCGGAUGCUGAUACAUACGGAGUUGUACACUGGUACUCCAUAUGCGGUGACGAGUUCGAUGGUGGGGAUAUUGUCUCCAGGGGAUAUUGUCUCCAGCGCUCAAAUCCAACAAACAGGGCGCAGAAGCCGAAACCAUGACACUGACAAAGGAAAUACAAUCGCUCCAGCAAGAUGA